AGUUUGGAGGCUUCUGCCGGACGAGACACCUCACCGGUUGUUGCGGCUCUCUCAAGUGACACUCACAAAAAAAGGAAACAUUUUUAGAGUGAGAUAGAGAGAAAAGGAAGAAACUUUUACUUUUUAGUGAGAGAAAGACCGAGUCUUGAUAGAUUUUCUAGCCUAGUAGUUGUGCUACUACUACUAGCAUUGUUGUCUUUUGAUUCACCCAUGUUGUUGUUGUUGCAAUUAGUGUUGUCUCCUAAGAUUCUCCAGAUUUCAACUACUCUUUCUCCCAUUUGUUCUUCUCCAGGUCAUAUAUCUUUCUCAAAUCAAAUUCUUAUGUGGGCUUUGACUACUACAUCAACAUACAGAGUAGCUCUCUGGCAUAACAUCUACUGCAGUCUUUUAAAACAGCCAGAUGGGUUCUCGAUUCCCAUCUCAUCAGCUUAGCAAUGGCCUUUACGUAUCAGGCCGGCCUGAGCAGCCAAAGGAAAGGACUCCAACGAUGAGCUCUGUGGCGAUGCCAUACACCGGUGGUGAUAUCAAGAAGUCAGGAGAAUUGGGUAAAAUGUUUGAUAUUCCUGUCGAUGGCUCAAAGUCUAGGAAAUCUGGACCCAUAACUGGUGCUCCUUCAAGGACAGGAUCAUUUGGAGGUGCUGCUUCUCAUUCAGGACCCAUCAUGCCUAAUGCAGCGGCCCGGGCUGCCUACACCACAUCAGGUGCUGCAUCUUCCGGAGGCAUUUCUGGUUCAGCUUCAAUAAAGAAAUCUAAUUCUGGACCCUUAAAUAGACAUGGAGAUCCAGUAAAAAAGUCAUCUGGCCCUCAGUCUGGUGGAGUAACACCCUCUGGCCGCCAAAACUCUGGCCCCCUUCCUCCUGUUCUUCCUGCAACUGGUCUCAUUACAUCUGGGCCUAUUUCUUCAGGUCCCCUAAAUUCAUCCGGGGCACCACGAAAGGUAUCAGGUCCAUUAGAGUCUAUGGGAUCGAUGAAAAAUCCAGGAUCUGCUGUUGUUCACAACCAAGCAGUUACUGUGCUUAGCCAAGAAGAUGACUUUUCUUUCAGAAAGAACUUCCCAAAGCCAAUUUUGUGGUCACUAAUUCUACUUUUUGUAAUGGGUUUCAUUGCUGGUGGUUUUAUUCUUGGAGCAGUGCACAAUGCCAUUCUCCUAAUUGUUGUUGUGGUUCUUUUUGGUGCUGUUGCUGGAUUAUUCAUAUGGAAUACCUGCUUUGGGAGGAGCGCAAUCAUGGGUUUUAUUGCCAGUUACCCAGAUGCCGAGCUGCGACAUGCCAAGAAUGGGCAAUUUGUGAAGAUAUCUGGGGUGGUCACCUGUGGUAAUGUGCCUCUUGAGUCGUCCUUCCAAAAAGUUCCUAGAUGUGUAUAUACGUCCACAAGUUUGUAUGAGUAUCGAGGAUGGGAUUCAAAAGCAGCCAACCCUACGCAUCGUCGUUUCACUUGGGGACUCAGAUCAUUAGAAAGACGCGCAGUUGACUUCUACAUUUCUGAUUUUCAAUCUGGGUUGAGAGCGUUGGUUAAAACUGGCUAUGGAGCAAGGGUGAGUCCUUAUGUUGAUGAUUCCCUUGUCAUUGAUGUCAACCCAAGUACUGAGGAGUUGUCCCCAGAGUUUGUCAGAUGGUUGGGAGAAAGAAAUCUUUCAAGGGACGAUCGAAUAAUGCGCAUGAAAGAAGGGUAUAUUAAAGAAGGAAGCACUGUUAGUGUAAUGGGAGUUGUUCAAAGGAAUGAGAAUGUGCUUAUGAUUGUACCUCCACCGGAGCCAAUUACGACAGGGUGCCAAUGGGCGAAAUGCAUCUUUCCUGCAAGUCUCGAGGGUAUUGUUUUGAGAUGUGAAGACACCUCAAAGAAUGAUGUCAUCCCAGUGUAGUAAUGUUGUAGACUCAAUAUACUGUUAUCUUUAAUUCUUUUCUAUUCACUAUUCAUAUUGACGAGGCUGCGAUGACUAUGAUGAUGGUAAGGUAAUGGCAGUGGCGGUAUUAACGAGUGAAUGAUGGUCACGGUUGUCAAGUGGCAGUGGUGGGGUGUAUAGUUUGUGUUUCUGGCAUUUUAUUGUUAUUGUUGUUUUUUUUUUUUGUUAAAUUAAUUUUUCUCCUAGGUCUUUGUAAUGGGGUUGGUUUGGUGGAAUUGUAGGGAAUUUUACAUGUUUGAGGAGAUUUCGGUUAUGUUAAAUAGAAAGAAAAAUGUUAUCAGGUAUUCAGUAUCAUAUGAAAGUAGAAAGUUCGUUUGUUGCUA